CGGCGGCUCACGCGCGGCGCGCGGGCCAGGAUGAGGGGCUGUGGCCGUGCGGCCUGCGCGCAGCCGGCCGCACCUUCCCAUCUGAUGCUGGAGUUGUCCUGAUGAUCUGCUGACGUCUGUCCCCUUGGCUCUGAGGAAACAGAUGGCAAUGUCACAGGCGCAGGAUUACGAAUGCAGGAGUCAUAAUGCCGACGUGCAGGAGUCGAGGAUUUCGGGAUCAAGCACUAGGCUGGAGUGGGUGGAGAUCAUUGAGCCGCGCACCCGGGAGCGCAUGUACGCCAACCUGGUCACGGGGGAAUGCGUGUGGGACCCUCCGGCCGGAGUCCGCAUCAAGCGCACCAGCGAGAACCAGUGGUGGGAGCUCUUCGACCCCAACACGUCGCGCUUCUACUACUACAACGCCAGCACGCAGCGCACCGUGUGGCACCGGCCGCAGGGCUGCGACAUCAUCCCACUGGCCAAGCUGCAGACCCUGAAGCAGAACACCGAGUCCCCGCGCGCCUCUGCCGAGAACAGCCCAGGGCGCGGCAGCAGCGUUAGCCGUGAGGGCAGCACCAGCUCAUCCCUGGAGCCCGAGCCAGACGGAGAGAAGGCACAGGAGCUGCCUGGGAGGGUGGGGCGGCCAGCGGCCUUCGUGAGGGAGGAGAGCGGCAGUUCUUCACCACCAGGAGUUUUCCUUGAGAAGGACUAUGAAAUUUACCGGGAUUACAGUGCAGACGGCCAGCUUCUUCACUACAGGACCUCCUCGCUCCGGUGGAACUCAGGCACGAAGGAGCGUGUGCUCAUCAAGGUGGCUGACCGUGAGCCCAGCUUCCUUGCCCCCCAGGGCAAUGGCUGCCCCCCAGACAGUCAACCCGGGGGCCGCUCCCGCAGACCCUCUGGCAGCCAGCACUCGCCCAGCUUACAGACCUUCUCUCCAGAGGCUGACGGCACCGUCUUCUUCCCAGAGAGGAGGCCAUCCCCCUUCCUAAAGAGGGCUGAGCUCCCCGGCAGCUGUUCCCCGCUGCUGGCCCAGCCCCGAAAACCCUCCAGUGACUCACAGCCCUCCUCCCCACGCUACGGCUAUGAGCCACCCCUCUACGAAGAGCCCCCAGUGGAAUACCAGGCUCCCAUCUAUGAUGAGCCCCCAAUGGAUGUGCAGUAUGAGGCCAGUGGGAGCUUCCAGGCCAGUUCACCCCAGAGGUCGCCGGGACGCAAGCCCCGUGCCUUCCUGCCAUCGUCCAAGCAGACGCCCCCCUCACCCUGCCAGCAGCUAGUGCUCACCAAACAGAAGUGCCCAGAGCGCUUCAUGAGCCUGGAAUACAGCCCCGCAGGCAAGGAGUAUGUGCGGCAGCUGGUGUACGUGGAGCAGGCGGGCUCCAGCCCCAAGCUGCGUGCUGGCCCCCGGCACAAGUACACACCCAACCCUGGGGGUGGCUCCUACUCCCUGCAGCCCAGCCCCUGCCUGCUGAGGGACCAGCGACUGGGUGUCAAGUCCGGAGACUACAGCACCAUGGAGGGGCCCGAGCUGCGGCCUGGCCCAGUGCACACACCACUGCUGCAGGCCCAGGAGGACACCAUGUCCUGGUCCAGCCAGCAGGACACCAUGUCGUCCACUGGCUACUCCCCGGGCACGCGCAAGAGGAAGAGCAGAAAGCCCUCUCUGUGCCAGGCCCCUAACACCCCUACCACCGACGGCCCAGGGGACCUGCUCUGCGACCAGCCCCUGGCAGAGGAACGGCCCCCCUGCGGGCCCAGCCUUGCCCCAAUGAAGCGCACAGAGGAUGAGGUGGAUGGGGUGCGGGGCACUGCUGAACCCUUCCUGGCACAGGCUCGGCUGGCCUGGGAGGCACAGCAGGUCCACUUCCACAUGAAGCAGAGGAGCAGCUGGGAUUCCCAGCAGGACGGCUCGGGCUAUGAGAGCGACGGCGCCUUGCCACUGCCCAUGCCCGGGCCCGUGGUGCGCGCCUUCAGCGAGGAUGAGGCCCUGGCCCAGCAGGAGGGCAGGCACUGGAAGAGGAGCACCUUCGAGAAGCUCGGCUUCCCCCAGAUCCUGCUCGAGAAGAGCAUCUCCGUGCAGACCAAUCUGGCCUCGCCGGAGCCUUACCUCCACCCCUCACAGUCUGAGGACCUCGGUGCCUGUGCCCAGUUUGAGAGCAGCCGGCAGAGCCGCAGUGUGAUGCCCAGCUCCAGCUGCGUCUUCCCUACCUUCACACUGCGCAAGCCCUCCUCAGAGACAGACAUUGAGAACUGGGCCUCCAAGCACUUCAACAAGCACACCCAGGGCCUCUUCCGGCGGAAAGUGUCCAUCGCCAACAUGCUGGCCUGGAGCAGUGAGUCCAUCAAGAAGCCCAUGAUCGUGACCAGCGACCGGCACGUGAAAAAGGAGGCCUGUGAGCUCUUCAAGCUGAUCCAGAUGUACAUGGGCGACCGGCGGGCCAAGGCGGACCCACUGCAUGUGGCCCUGGAGGUUGUCACCAAGGGCUGGAGCGUGCAGGGCCUCCGGGAUGAGCUCUACAUCCAGCUGUGCCGGCAGACCACUGAGAACUUCCGCCUCGAGAGCCUGGCCCGUGGGUGGGAGCUCAUGGCCAUUUGCCUGGCCUUCUUCCCACCCACACCCAAGUUCCACUCCUACCUGGAGGGCUACAUCUACCGGCACAUGGAUCCCGUCAACGACACCAAAGUGACACAGCACAUAAAAGCGCUCCUGGAAAGAAACACUAAGAAGAAGUCCAAACUGAGAAAGAAACCCAAGCCUUAUGUUGAAGAGCCGGAUGGGGUGGCGAUAAGCACAUAUGCCAAGUACUGUUACCACAAGCUGCAGAAGGCAGCCCUGACGGGGGCCAAGAAGGGGCUAAAGAAGCCCAACGUGGAAGAGAUCCGGCACGCCAAGAAUGCUGUGUUCAGCCCGUCCAUGUUCGGCAGUGCGCUGCAGGAGGUCAUGAGCAUGCAGAAGGAGCGCUACCCUGACCGGCAGCUGCCCUGGGUACAGACUCGGCUCUCUGAGGAGGUGCUGGCGCUCAACGGUGACCAGACAGAGGGCAUCUUCAGGCUGAGCUGCUCCAGUCAGACCUGCCCUGUGCUCCACAGGGUCCCUGGGGACAUUGAUGAGGUGAAUGCCCUGAAGCUGCAGGUGGACCAGUGGAAGGUGCCUGUGGGCCUGGAGGACCCCCACGUCCCUGCGUCACUGCUGAAGCUCUGGUACCGAGAACUGGAGGAGCCCCUGAUCCCACAUGAGUUCUAUGAGCAGUGCAUUGUGCACUGUGACAGCCCGGAGGCUGCCGUGGCCGUUGUGCACGCGCUGCCCCGCAUCAACCGCAUGGUGCUGUGCUACCUCAUACGCUUUCUCCAGGUGUUCGUGCAGCCUGCCAAUGUUGCCAUCACCAAGAUGGACAUCAGCAACCUGGCCAUGGUGAUGGCACCCAACUGCCUGCGCUGCCAAUCUGAUGACCCCCGUGUCAUCUUCGAGAACACCCGCAAGGAGAUGUCCUUCCUGCGAGUGCUCAUCCAGCACCUGGACACCAGCUUCAUGGAGGGUGUGCUGUAGCAAGUGGGCAACCGAGGACCAGUGGGCUGGGGCAGAGUGGUGCUCAGUGCACCUGGGCAGGUGGGGAGCACGAGGGUGGGGGGUAAUGUCCCAGCUGGGAGGUAGCAUGCCAGUCUUCGCCCUAUGCCCACCUGGACCACCGCCCCUGACCCCAACAGAAUCCCGUACUUGCCUCUCUAAGCAAAGGGGCCAGAAUCCCUGGCCCCAGCCUUGGAACCCCCCUACUCUCCCCAACCCAGGCCCUUGGCCCCAGGCACUCCCCACAUCUCCUUCCUGGUCUGAGGGUGCAGCCAGGGCAGAGGAGCUGUGGGAAGGGUGCCCCCAGCCCCCACCUCAUGGCCAGUUCCCACAGGCACCGCCUCCCCCACUGCUGGCCAUAGGUCAGCCCCGAGAAAAGUGCCUUCUGUUUCUUGGAGCCGAGCGACACUGCCCCUCCCAGCCCAGCCUCAGAGCACACACCACCCUCCCUUGGGGCUGGCUGCCUCCCUGGGCCACCUGCGCUCAGCCUGGCACUGGCCUGGGCCCUGCCUAGCUGCCCACUCUCUCCUUCCCUCCCUUGUUCCCUUGGUCUCCUGGCCUGCAGCUUUCCCUUGCCCUUGCCCUCUCCUGGGGGAGCUUCCUGACCUGUCCCCUUCCUCCUCCCCCCCUGCUGGUGACUGCACAGGAGUUUGGGGGUUCCGGGGCACUGGACUGUCCCCCAUCAGAACAGGGCCCAGCUGGACCAGAGCCCAACAGGCUCUCUGUGGGUGGGAAGAGGCCCCCAAACCAAAGUCCUCUGGGGUAGGGGGCCUGGCUGGGCAGGCAUUCUUGCGGCAGGGUGGGGGAGGGGUGAGAGUAUUUUUUCUUCCUGAAACUGUAAAUCCAGAAUCUAUCCUGCACCCCAGACCACCUGUGUAUAGAGAUAUAAAUAGAGCAAAAGAUAUAAGAACUAAAUUUGCUAAUGACAUAGUUUUAACCCAAAUGCUAUUUAUCUCUGAGCCAUCCUCUGUGCAGAGCAAGUUGGUAUCAUUCCUUGUUUUUUUUCUCCAACCUUUCUUGGCUUCUGACCAAAAACCAAGCCCUACUCCAUCCGAUCCCGGACCUGCAGCAGACGUGAGGGAAGGAGCCUGGGUGGGACUGCCCUUACUCGAGGCCAGGGCUGCUGGGGGGCGGGGAUCUAGAGUCUCAGUUUGUACAUUUUCCAUUUUGGAAGUUUGAGUUCCAAUUGUUGUAAAACAUAAUUUGUCCCCAGUUUUUAUAUAUAUAUAUUUUUAGAGUUGAGUUUUUAUUUAUUAUUAAAAACAAAAAAGCCCAGCCCUGCCGAGGCCCGGUGUCCCCUGGGGGAGCAGCCUUCGCGGUCCCUAAGGCGCGGACUUGAGAGGCGACUUGGUGUGAAUAAAGUACACGUGGACACUU